AUGCCCUUUUUGCCAACUUUGGGAGACUUAGCCACAAAGGGUGAUGGUGCCCGCGACCUCGUUGGGCCUCCUGAGAGUGCGCAGAAUAAGAGAGAAAACAAUCUGAGCGACGGAGAACCUGGGACAUGCCCGUGCCCUUCUGCCCGUACAGUUGUGUCAAAGGUAACAGAUGACAAUGAAACGAGAAGCAGUGAGUUUGGGGAGCAUAACCAAUUCACUGUGAAACAGUCAUCCAGAAAAAUCAGGUCAGAUAUGAAAGGCGAUGAGAACAAUUCAUUCUCAAAUGUUUCCAUUAACAUUCCACUUACCAUGACAUUCCGCGAAAAGUUGGAAUUCUUUGAAACAAUGUUCUGUCCAAGAGACGAAUCGGUGUGUGGUUCCCGUGACAUUACAGUCCAUCCUUUUGAUUGCUCGCCGUACUGGUGCUACCGUUGCUCGUGUGAUAGUUGUACCAGUCACAGAGACUGUUGUUUAGACAUGGCUAUAUCGCAACUAAAUAAACCACCCCUUCGGAAAUCGCUGCAAGAAUAUCGUUCCUGUCGGACCGCCACGCCCAAACCUAACCGAGACGUCAUUAAGGAGGAUUGGUACUUUUUUGUUGAUACCUGUCCUCGGUCAUAUCGGAAUGAUUCUGUGAGGAAACUCUGCGAAAGCAUGAGUUUUCGUGCCGAAAACAUUGGGCGUUACUUUCCCGUGUAUAGCCGAGUCACGCAGGCAAACUACAUGAAUAUUUAUUGUGCUGAAUGUCACAAGGAUAACCAGAAUGUCCUGGAGUGGAAACCGGGAGUUACCUGUACUCGUUAUAAGGACAUGUCGAAUGUACAAUCCAUUGAAGCUCUCCUAAAUCUAAUUGUCAAUGACUACAGUUGUGCAUUGACAUCUGUACCUCCAGUAGACGCAUCUGUCACUCCAUGCAAUGGUUCUCUGAGGACUGUAAGAUCUUGCAAUGAGACGGGUUCUUGGGAUGACUACUCCGAAGACAUUGUGAAGGCGUGUAGCAUGUACAAAAGUGAAAUCUUCAUCGAAAGAACAUGGUACAGGAAUAUAUUUUGUGCUUUCUGCAAUGGCUUCAAAGUUAACUCGGCCUUGGACAUCUUUAACGAGGAACCCCGUUUUAGGUGUCCACAGAAGCCAACCGAUCCUCGCGAGCUGGGGGCGGGAACCCUGGCGUUUUCGUUUAUUUUCAAUUUGCGUCCCACAGGAGAAAAGCAAGUGCUGAAUUCCAGCAGGAUGAUGGAAUGUGAACAAAAUGAGGUUUUUGACGAAACAAAACGUGUUUGCCGACAGCUGUUCUGCUCCAGAGGUCGGCUUCUCCUGGACCAUUCUUGUGUGGACAUAUACAACACAACAGACAGUCUUCGCUACAAGGUCAACUACGUCGUGUGGCCAGAAAAAAUUCCACACAUGUUGAAUGACCUUGAUUCGCUUUUCGGGGCACACUUGCUAAGAGUACUCAUCGAGUUGAACAAGUUUUUGCUGAAAACAUCGUCAAUGGAGUUUAAAAUGAAGACCUGUUAUGAAGUAGGUGAUCAGGAAAGUGGCCAGCUGUAUGUUCAUUAUAUGCUGGUGGAGCUUGUGGCACUGUUUGCAGAAGGCAUUAUGACUCAGCGUGAAAUAGAGACUCGCCUUCUGCAGCUGUUAAACCUGCACUGGAGGCACGCUGACGGUAGCACUUGGACGCCGAAUGUGCUCGCAUCUGAUUUCGUCUACCCUCACAACCUCACGUGUUCUGGGUACAACUUUACAUCUCCCCCGCUAAGUCCAAUUGCCAAGCAUUUGGCUUCAACGUACAGACGUCAGUCUUUGAUUGCCUUGAACAAACUCACUCGCUGCAAGCAAAUUGAGCUUGACACAUCAGAAUACACAACCAACACCAGCACGGGAGAGAUUAGCGUGCACGGUUUGCAAGUCACGCUCGGUACGGCGGACUACAGCAGGGUUAACGGUAAUGUGCGUGUGUGCGUCAAUUAUUCGGGGACUUACCGGUACCAUCCUCAGCCAGAGCCAGUCCGCGGGCCGUCUGAGGAUUAUACAGAGAGAGUGCUCACUUUCUUCAGCAUGGCUGUUUCCUUGCUGUGUCUGUCAAUCACGUUUACCGUUUCACUAGUCACGAACACUCAGGCCUCCGUACCAGGGAGGAUAAGUGUAACACUGGUGGCCUCAUUAUUUGUGUCGCAGCUAAUCUAUUUUGUCAUCGGCUACGUUCGUCCUCUAUUCUGGCCGUGUAGAAUCUUCGGGAUAGCCGCACAUUAUGCCUGGCUUGUGGUCUUUGGGUGGAAAAACGUAGCGGCCUACCAUAUGUACACCGUAUUUACUAACCCUCUAAAGAAAGCUAUUGUGUAUACCAACAAAAAGUUUUACUUAUACGUAAUGUAUGCAUUUGGGGUUCCAGCUCUUGUUGUGGGGUCGUACCUCAUGGCCCGUGCGUUACUGUCCGAAUCCAGAGACAUUGGUUACGGUGAAGUUGCCUGCUUCUUGUCACGACCCAUCGACAUAGGCCUCGCCUUUGUUACUCCAGUUUCCAUUGUUCUUUUUACCAAUACUUAUUUUUUCGCGCGCGCCGUUCACGUCAUUCGACGCAUGUCUGAUUUCGACAUGAAUGCCCACCGUUCCAACUCUACCCACAAUUCUGUCUUUAUUAAGAUGUCGCUUAUACUGGGCUUCACGUGGAUUGUGGGUUUCGUAGCCAACGUUGUCGAUGAACCUUACUUGUGGUAUGUCUUCACCGUCCUUAAUGGCGGUAUAGGUGUGCUGAUCUUCGUCAGCCAGGUCUGCAGAAAGCGCACACUAGAACUGUGGAGACAUCGCGGGAAUGUAUCCAGAGUGAGGAUAUCAAGCAAGGGAAAUCACACUGACGAGGAAGCCAAAGACACGACAAACCUCUCACUGUCGGCUACAUCCGGAAUGCCGACAUCGCCGAUGAGUCCAAUAUAA